AGAUCCCAGCAGCCCUGUAGGCUGGAAGACUGGAGAACAGCUGCAUGUAAACAGCCGUCAUAAGACUGAAGUCAGGAGGGAAGGUGGUGCCCUGAAGAACUUGCUGGAGAGACGAACGGAGACACACAGACAAGAAGUUAUACAGCCAUCGUCACCUGCUAAGGGGGACAGAACUACAACAGAAGCUGAGGAUAUGGCUUAUGUAAAAAGCGGAUGGCUACUUCGACAAAGUACAAUUUUAAAAAGAUGGAAGAAGAAUUGGUUUGACCUUUGGUCAAAUGGAUAUUUGAUAUAUUAUAGCAACCAAGAGAGAGAAGACAUGGAAGAAAAAGUUCUUAUGCAGCUAGACUGUAUAGACAUUCGCGUGGGCACUGCGUGCAAAGAUAUAAGUUUGCCAGAAGGAAAGUCAAAGGACUGCUGCUUACAGCUUAUCUGCCAUGAAGGAAAAGUCAUAAACCUCAUUGCCGAAAGCACAGAUGACUGCUUGGCCUGGGAAACAGCUCUUCAGGAUGCCAGAACAAAAACAGACAUCCUGCCUCCACCACUGCUGUAUGAUCAAGGUAUACUCGGCCCUGCUCCACCCUAUUCUGAGUUUGAUGCUCCUCCUCCUUAUGGAUAUGAUCAGCACCCUGGUGUUUAUCCAGUGCAGGGAUCGCAGGUUAUAUAUACCAGAGAUGGACAAGCUUACACCGCAUAUCCAGCACAAGGUCCUGGCGGAACCAAUCAUAUCAUCAUCCGAGAGAGAUACUAUGACAAUGAUGGGGACCUGGCCAUGGGAAUGCUGGCAGGAGCGGCUACAGGGAUGGCACUUGGGUCUCUGUUCUGGGGAUUUUAAAUGGCAGUUUAGUUUCUAAAGCAAUUAUUUAUUAAAUGAACUAAAUAUAUUUUAUAUGAAUAGGUUUGGUUGUCUGCUGAGCAACUAAUGUACUAGGUCUAUAAAGGACAGUACUAAUUUGAGUUAGUUGGGAAACAAAUAACCAAAGAAAUUAAAUUUUUAUAAGGAAUAUGUGCGUGACUCAGUCAGCAUUUAUUGUAGAUGAGUUACAGAAGUGUACAAUGCAGCAAACUGUGAGGGAAUAGUAAUUUAUAGUAUGGAGAACAUAUUAAAACUUUAAUAAGUGAAUGAUGUUUAAACUGUUAUUACGUUUAUGACUGGAAUAAGAUAAAAAAUGUAGUUGUAGAUGUGUUAGUUAAAGCGGGGGUUCACCCUAAAACAUCUAUAUACUGUUACAUCCAGCAUACUGCUGACAUCAACAGUAUGCUGGAUUUUUUUUUUCAGCUGUACUUACAAUUUUUGGCGUUCUAUUCACCCGGCUCCUGGGUUCUCGCUCCCCCUGGGAGUAGGCGUUCCUAAUACGACGCAUAGAUGAUUGACGUGUGGGUAAAGCGUGUCAUCGCCUUCUGAAAAUAUC